CACACUGGUUAUAUGCUCGAACGUCGUGUCGUCGCCGUUUUCUGUUUUUAACCAUUUCACAUUUUUUCGUUUAAAAAAACCCAAGUGUCGAUUUUAUUGCAUGCAACAAUUACUAGUACAACACUAAACACAAGCGUUAUGAUUUGAAUACAAAGUUUCUAUUCAAUAUCGAUAGCAAAUACCAGUAAGAGAGUGUGUGAGAGAGAGAGAGAGAGCGCGCGCUCGCUCGCUAUAAAAGCACAGUUGGAAGUGUGAACAGGCAAAGAUAUAUAUUACAUACAUAGACAACAGUGUUUUUUGGAGCAAAAGUAAACAAAACCCGAACGAAACGAAAGAACGCGACGUGCGUUGGUCGUCUGUCUGUGUGUGUGCGUGCAUAUGCGUAUUAAUAUUUACAUAUAUGAGUGUGUGUCGGUAUUAGUGUAUCUCUCAACUCUGACGCGGGCAACAACAAAACUGAUAUACUAAAUUCAGCAAACAACAAGAGCGCUUAACGAGUGAUUCAACAACAACAACAACAACAUUAGCAACAACAGUAGCAACAACUACAACACAAAAACAUGUCGGAUUCAUAUUAUCAGGGCGAAUAUAUAAAGCAUCCAGUUCUAUAUGAGCUCAGUCAUAAAUAUGGCUUCACAGAGAAUCUGCCCGAGAGCUGUAUGUCCAUACGGCUCGAGGAGAUCAAAGAGGCCAUACGCCGUGAGAUUCGCAAGGAGCUGAAGAUCAAAGAGGGCGCCGAAAAGUUACGCGAGGUGGCCAAGGAUCGUCGCUCGCUCAGCGAUGUUGCCGUUCUGGUCAAGAAGAGCAAAAGUAAAUUGGCCGAACUGAAAUCAGAGCUGCAGGAGCUCGAAAGUCAAAUACUGCUAACAUCGGCCAACACGGCGGUCAAUAGCAAUGGUCAAGAAUCGAUUGCCUUCAGCCUUGAUGGCAACGGCCCUGCCCAGCUGUCGGGCGCUGUCGGCGGCUUGGGCAUGAACAAUGCAAUGGCUGGCGGCGGUGCACCGGCUACGGCCAAUGACAAGGUGCUUGCCUCGCUGGAGAAGCAGCUGCAGAUCGAGAUGAAGGUGAAAACGGGCGCCGAGAAUAUGAUCCAAUCGCUGGGCAUUGGCUGCGACAAGAAACUGCUCGCCGAGGCACACCAGAUGCUGGCGGACUCCAAGGCCAAGAUUGAGUUCUUGCGCUUGCGCAUCAUCAAAGUCAAACAGAAUCGCGAGCAGGCCGAUCGCCUGAAGGCCGCGCGCCAGCUGACCGACGAGCAUGGCGCUCUGAUAGCGGGCAUGGGCUCUGGCAGCGGCAUUGGCUGCAUGCAGCCCCAGAGCCUGGAGACGACGCUGGAGGAGCGCAUCGAGGAGUUGCGUCAUCGGCUGCGCAUCGAGGCGGCUGUUGUGGAUGGAGCCAAGAAUGUCAUACGCACGCUGCAGACGAAUCGUGCGCCAGACAAGAAGGCGCUGCAGGAGGCACACGGCCGUCUGUCGGAAUCGUCGCGUAAACUUGAUCUCUUGCGCUACUCCUUGGAUCUGCGUCGCCAGGAGUUGCCCCCUGACUCGCCCACCGCCCAGCUGCUCAAGCAGGAGCUGCAAAUCGUGCAGCAAUCGACGUCGCCGGCGCCCGUGCAUUAUACAUCGCUGCAGUCGGGUCCGGGCGGGCUGCUUGGCGGGAAAUCGUAUCAGUCCGUGUCGUCGCUGGGCCGGUGUGCGAGCGUCACGGGCAAGCUGGAGGUGCGUCUGAUGGGCUGUCAGGAUCUGUUGGAGGAUGUGCCCGGUCGUUCGCGGCGUGACAAAGACAACAGCUCUAGUCCGGGCGAUUUGCGCAGCUUUGUUAAGGGCGUCACGUCACGCAGCAGCUCCAAGAGCUAUUCGGUCAAGGAUGAGACAUCGUUUGAGAUCAUGGCUGUCAUCAAGCUGGACAAUAUUACGGUGGGCCAGACCUCGUGGAAGCCAUGCUCGCAGCAGGCCUGGGACCAGCGUUUCUCCAUCGAUCUAGAUCGCUCCCGGGAGCUAGAGAUUGGCGUCUAUUGGCGUGACUGGCGUUCGCUGUGCGCCGUCAAGGUGCUGCGCCUCGAGGAGUUCAUUGACGAUGUGCGCCAUGGCAUGGCACUGCAGCUGGAGCCGCAGGGCCUGCUCUUCGCCGAGGUCAAGUUUCUGAAUCCGAUGAUCUCGCAGAAGCCGAAACUGCGACGCCAGCGCAUGAUCUUCAAUCGGCAGCAGGCGAAGAACAUCUCGCGUGCCAAGCAAAUGAACAUCAAUGUCGCCACCUGGGGACGCUUGCUCAAGCGCAAUGCGCCCAAUCAUGUGCAUUUGGGUGCGGGCAGCAAUGCGGCUGCCUCCACAACUUCGAUGGCUGUGGGACGCGGCUCCUCGCCGUUGCCCAGCGCCGCCUCGCGGGGCUCCGAGUCGCCCAUAUCGCGCACACCCUCCUCCGAUGCGCUGGCCGUCGAACCGGAACCCUAUUCGCCGGGCGAACAGGCACAGAAUAUGGAAUACGAUCCGGAUGCGGGCAUGCACGAGCAUGUGGAGACGCCCGGUGAAUAUCCGGAUCCUGCAGCCAGUGGGUUGAGUGGACUGCGUCCGCUCUCCAUGCACAUGCAGGGCAUCAGUGUGCUGCCACCCGAGACGCCGCCGCCGGCGUCGCAGCAACCAGGUGCCAGCAGCGCAGCUCAAGCCGGCGGCAGACCCAAUUCGCUCAGCCUACAGAUGCCUGGCAAAACGCCGCCGGGACGCACAGCCGCACCCACCACGGCACCACCGCCGCCGCCUGUGCUGAAGUCGGUGACACCUGUGCUCGACCAGGAGUUCCAGCAGCCGAGAUCGAUCGAGAAGCCAGCAGCCAGACAGUCGCCAGCUGCGCCAUCGGCGGUGGAGCAGCAAUUGCAUCGUCCCGUCCUGACGCUGCCGCCGGUGGUGCUCGUUGGCGGCGGGGCAAAUGAUGAGGAGCAGCCAAUGCUGGUCACUUGCUCCUCGUCAUCGCCGCUGGUUGAGUAUCCCGAGGAUGAUGAUGAGUAUUUGUACGGCGGCGGGCUGCAGCCUGGCUCCAGAUGCAGUUCCAGUGCCGGCGAUCGUUUCUGUGUGGAGGCCAAGAUCAAUGUUGUACAUAUAACCUUCGAACCCAUUGAGACAGCUGCAAUACCCAGCAGCAACAGCAACAGUAACAGCAACAACAACAACAACAACAACAACAACAACAACAACAGCAGCCUUAUAGAGCAGGCAGCCAUCGAGAGUGUUUUAAUAACUAAUGUAGAGUCUGUUCAAGAGCUCGAUGAGGUCAUACCGCAGCUAGGCAAGCUCUAUGUGGGCACUCAGCAGCAGCCGCAGUUGCCCUAUGCGGUGCAAUCAUCGCCCAUCAUACAGGAGCCACCGACGCCCACAAUUUAUGGCAAUAGCACCACUGCUGCACCACAAUUCCCGCAGCCGACGCAGCGACAAACACAGGACAAGCAGCAGCAGCAACAGCAGCAACAGCAACAGCAGCAGCAGCCGAUCUAUGCCAAUCAAUAUGAGCUGAAUGUGGCCAAGGCGACGACAGCGGGCGCAGCCGCCAGCAGCGGAGGCCGACGAAAUGUGGCACGUGGCUUGCAGUACCGUGAGCCGGCUGGCUACGAGGCGCUGCGUGCCACACAGCCACCACCCAAUCCCGGCAUGCUGUCCAUCGACAACUUCCGGCUGCUGAGCGUGCUCGGACGCGGACACUUCGGCAAGGUGAUAUUGUCGCAGCUGCGCAGCAACAAUCAGUACUAUGCGAUCAAGGCCCUGAAGAAGGGCGACAUCAUUGCCAGGGACGAGGUGGAGUCGCUGCUCAGCGAGAAGCGCAUCUUUGAGGUGGCCAAUGCGAUGCAUCAUCCGUUCUUAGUCAAUUUAUAUGCGUGCUUCCAAACGGAGCAACACGUGUGCUUUGUCAUGGAAUACGCCGCCGGCGGUGAUCUGAUGAUGCACAUCCAUACGGAUGUGUUCCUGGAGCCGCGCGCCGUGUUCUAUGCCGCCUGUGUGGUGCUGGGUCUGCAGUAUCUGCACGAGAAUAAGAUCAUCUAUCGUGAUCUGAAGCUGGACAAUUUGCUGCUCGAUACGGACGGCUAUGUGAAGAUCGCCGACUUUGGGCUGUGCAAGGAGGGCAUGGGCUUUGGCGAUCGCACGGGCACCUUCUGUGGCACACCAGAAUUUCUGGCACCCGAGGUGCUGACAGAGACGUCCUAUACACGCGCUGUCGACUGGUGGGGAUUGGGUGUGCUCAUAUUUGAGAUGCUCGUUGGAGAGUCUCCUUUCCCUGGCGACGAUGAGGAGGAGGUCUUCGACUCAAUUGUUAACGAUGAGGUGCGCUAUCCGCGCUUCCUCUCACUGGAGGCCAUUGCCGUUAUGCGACGGCUGCUGCGCAAGAAUCCGGAACGACGUCUGGGCUCAUCCGAGCGCGAUGCUGAGGAUGUCAAGAAGCAAGCGUUCUUCCGCUCCAUUGUUUGGGAUGAUCUGCUGCUGCGCAAAGUCAAGCCACCGUUUGUGCCAACCAUCAACCAUUUGGAAGAUGUCUCGAACUUUGAUGAGGAAUUCACGUCGGAGAAGGCGCAGCUGACGCCGCCAAAGGAGCCGCGACACUUGACCGAUGAGGAACAAUUGCUAUUCCAGGACUUUUCAUACACGGCCGACUGGUGUUAAAGCCAACCUCCAACCCAACUACAUUUAGUCUUAAAUUUGGCCCUGGGCCUAGCUCAGUUAAAUAAGUUGAAAACAAGAAAACAAAAUGCUUUUACACAUGAGAAACGAUUGAAUAUAUUAUAUACAUUUCUAUAUAUACAUAUAUACACCCAUAUAUAUAUGUAUAAAUUGUGAGAAACUUGUGCAUGAUUUUUGCUCAGAAGCAUUGACCAAAUUUGCCUAGAAUAUUCUACAUAAAUUGUAAACACCUGCAUCAAUCAUAAACAUAUACAUAUAUACAAUCAUAUUAUAUACAGAUAUACUUAUAUGGUUUACAUAUAUAUGUAUGAAUAUACUUAGUCUGGACAAGCACUUGGAAAGCCUUAA